AUGAAUGCGGAUAGAGAAGUUCUAUUAGAGGAAACACUACAGAAAACAUUGACACAAUUAAAGAAUCACAUUUGGAGUGAUAUUGAUGCACUUGCAACAACAGGAACAUUACCUCCAGAUCAAAUUUUCAAACAAGCUGCACAUGACUUAGAUCACAUUAAACUGAUCAAUUCCAUGCUUUUAACAACAAAAGAUAUAAAUAUCGAAAAGAAUGAUAUCAAAAAAUGCGAAGAUUCCGUAGAAUUCAGAAGAAUAUCAGAUUUCUUCCAAACAAAUGCAGAAAGAUUCCUUAAAGAAAGUCCUGUCUACAAAUAUAAUUUUAACGAACUCAUUCCAGAGUUAAAUUCCGUUCUUGAUGAAAGUGUUUCAUUUACUGAUGGAUUCCUUCCAUUUAUUUCGAUACCAGUAGCAGAUAUAUUUACAGUUAAAAUUAUAUUUAGCUUAGAAAAUCAACCAGCCUUUGUUGUUGUUCAUGGAGCAACAGAAUACGAGAAAUCACAGUUUGAGCAGAGCGAUUUUAGAGUUUUCAGGACACUUAGCGUAUACUUUAGCAGAGCAUUACCUGAUUUUAUCCUUAAAUACAAGUCAAAAGCUAUUGUUGAAUUUGCGAUUUGGCUUAAGUCCUACAAGAACUUGUUUAGCGCUCCUUGCACUAAAUGUGAACAGUUCAUAUCAAGAGAUCUCACAGGAGACCUUCUUCCACCAAUAAUUCGAACAAUUACUUCUUGCCUGCCAUAUCACAUCCGUUGUGCGCCAUUUGAGAUCGAACUUCCUGAUUUCGGAUACGUAACACUCAUGUCCGAAGAACAGAUGCAAGAAAAAUUAUCUCAUCCUGGAAAAUAA